GGCCGUUUUACUUAACCGUUAGAUCGGGAAAGUUUUGAAAGUGUUUUUUUUUUCUUCACCAAAACAUGCAACAGUUAGCAGGAGCGUAUGCUAAAUAGGUUAGCAGCUGCUAGCCGUCGGUACUGCUCGCAAACGUUAGUUAUGUGAACGUUUAAACGGGCAUAUUUUAGCGUAUUCUGUACACUAAGCAGACGCAACUUAAUGAGAACUGAAGUAUGAAGUGACCCUUUUCAUUUUUAGAAACGUACGAAUAGCACUCCGUCGUUUGCUAAAGCAGGUAUUAGUUAACGUUGGCUAACUGUACCUUGGUAACUUGGUUUCACGGGAGCUGGAGCGCUAGCUAGAGCAACGUGUCUCAUUUCCGCAUUCAUUUAUGUGCGGAGUGCCAGGGCCAUGUUGAAGAUGUCUGGCCUGAGCAUUUUUCGUUGAUUCACUCGGAGAUUUCUACAUCGGCCGCCUAGACGCUGACUUGUACCCUCUGGGAUCCGGCUACGUCCCUGAAAUUGACGGUGUCCAUGACAUAUCAGUUGGCACAAAGAGGGGAUCCGACGAACUCUUUUCUUCCUGCAUAUCCAACGGGCCCUAUAUCAUGAACUCAGCCAAUGGCAACGACACCAAAAAAUUCAAAGGUGACGUCCGCAGUCCUGGUGUUCCGUCACGUGUGGUCCAUGUACGCAAGCUUCCUAACGACAUAAAUGAGGCUGAGGUUAUUGGUCUAGGACUGCCCUUUGGGAAGGUCACUAAUCUGCUGAUGCUGAAAGGGAAAAACCAGGCAUUCUUGGAGCUGAACAGUGAAGAGUGUGCACAGACAAUGGUGAGCUACUACUCCUCUGUCACUCCUGUCAUCAGAAACCAUCCCAUUUACAUGCAGUACUCAACCCAUAAGGAGCUGAAGACGGACAACUCCCCCAACCAAGUGCGUGCACAGGCAGCUCUGCAGGCAGUCAAUGCACUGCAUGGGGGUGGGAUGGGAAGCAUGGCCAUUUCCACAGAUGCAGGUAGCAUCGGAGGAGCUGCAGCCCAAAGUCCUGUCCUCAGAGUCAUAGUGGAAAACCUCUUCUACCCUGUCACCCUGGAUGUACUACACCAGAUUUUCUCUAAAUUCGGCACUGUGCUGAAGAUUAUUACUUUCACUAAGAACAACCAGUUCCAGGCUCUGAUCCAGUAUGCCGAUGGCAUGACCGCUCAGCAUGCCAAACUGUCUCUGGAUGGGCAGAACAUCUACAAUGCCUGCUGUACCCUGAGAAUCAGCUUUUCCAAACUCACCAGCCUCAAUGUCAAGUACAACAAUGACAAGAGCAGGGAUUACACCCGGCCAGACCUUCCCACUGCAGAUGCACAGCCAUCCAUUGACCCCCAGACCAUGGCAGCAGCUGCUUUUGCGGCACCAGGCAUAAUCUCAGCCUCUCCCUAUGGUGGAGCCCAUGCCUUCCCCCCAACCUUUGCGAUCCAACAAACAGCAGGUUUGUCCGUGCCUGGCAUUCCCAGUGCCCUGGCUUCCCUGGGUGUAGGCCAUGGUGGCAUGGCAGCUGCAGCAGCAGCCGCUAGCCGACUCGGCCUGUCAGGGCUUGCCCCCUCUGCAGGACACAAUGUCUUGUUGGUCAGCAACCUGAACCCUCAGAGCGUUACGCCACACUGCCUCUUUAUUCUUUUCGGUGUGUAUGGCGACGUGAUGAGAGUGAAGAUCCUAUUCAAUAAAAAGGAGAAUGCUCUGAUCCAGAUGUCUGAUGGCACACAGGCUCAGCUAGCUAUGAGCCACCUGAAUGGCCAGCGUCUCCAUGGCAGGGACAUGCGUGUGGCAUUUUCAAAACACACCACAGUGCAGCUGCCCAGAGAAGGCCACGAGGACCAGGGCCUCACAAAGGACUACAGCAACUCACCGCUGCAUCGUUUCAAGAAGCCUGGCUCCAAGAAUUACUCCAACAUCUUCCCACCCUCUGCAACACUCCACCUCUCCAACAUACCGCCUUCUGUGGUGGAGGAUGACCUCAAGAGGCUUUUUGCCAGCUCAGGAGCCACAGUCAAAGCCUUCAAGUUCUUUCAAAAGGACCGCAAGAUGGCCCUGAUCCAGAUGGGCUCGGUCGAGGAGGCAAUUGAGUCCCUCAUUGAGUUCCACAACCAUGACCUGGGAGAGAACCACCACCUUCGAGUGUCCUUCUCAAAGUCCACCAUCUGAGUGCCUUUUCUUCCUCCCUCCAAGUCUGUUGCCACCUGAAUGUAACUUUUGUCAAAGUUGCCUUCAGUGGAAAUGGCCACCAUUACAUAUUUAUGGCUGUGGUUCUUUGUAGAACGUUGCUCCCUUCACCCCCAUUUUUAAUUAUUCCCCAUUAUUAAAAGGUUUGGGUACAGGAUGUAUUCAUUUCUACUUAUUGAUUUUGGUUCACAUUCAUCCAUGCAAAUUUUUCUAUCAUAAGAAACCAAAAUAUGUUAAACAAAUAAUCAGUUAUUUUCUUUUGAUUUACAAAGUCAUAAACUGUAGUUCAGCAUUUUUUAGGAAGUUGUUUUCACUACAUUUUCCAGUUUCAUUACUUCUGUGAAGCUUAGUAGUUUCUGCCCGUAAUGAGGUGAAAGUUAGUUGCAUGCAUUGGCACCAGUUUAACAGGCAGUGUACAAAAAUAGGUCCAAACUUAUCUCAGGAAUCAGUAAGUGGAAUAUUUCCAAUCAACUGGUUCUUGGUACCUAAACCUAAUUUAAUAGAUAAUAAAUGAAACAUUUAUUUGUUCCAUCAAUGUUUCGGGUGAGGAGUCCUGUGACAUGGGCAACGUUCUGCAAUGAAACAUGUUAUUGUAUUGGAGGUGAAGUAGGGGCAGCUGAUGAACUGUCACUUUAGACCAAAUCAGAAAAAAAAACACCCUUCACCAUGGAUGUAUGCUUAUGUGGAUGAAUUGUAUCCACACCAGACACACUUCAGCAUUCCUUUUACUAUAAUAGUUGUGUGGAUAUAUCUGUGUGUGUGUGAGUGAGUGUGUGCGCCUUUUUGAAAUGCCACUUUCAACCUGUUUGGCCAGUCAGAAAUGGUUUGAGACAAAGGAUUUUGUUUUAACUUGCAGAACACCCAGUAAUUUACUUCUCUAGUAUCUAUUUUUAUUUUUAUCUUCUUGUAACUCACCUGUUUGCUUCAGGGGAUCCAUACCACUGUCUGAAGUUAUUCAAUAAGGACAUAUUUUACUUUCAGUUAUCUCCAGCCACAGCCCCGUGCCUUACUUUACCCCUACCAGGUUGCCCAAAGCAUUGCUCUGGUUUCAUUUGGAAAAGAUGUGACUCUCAAAAUGCCUUUUUUUAAAAUCAUGCCUUUUGAUAUGUACCAGCAUUGUUAAAAUUGGGGAAAGUGGCUCAUUCAAUCUUCUGUUUCCCCUUAAAGACACGUGUUUAUCUAAGGAUUUGUAUGCAUAUAUUCCCAUUAUAUGUAUGUAGAAACUAUGAAUGUAAGUCAGUUAGAUGCCUAAUAUUUUUGCUAGGUGAUGUAGCUCUGUUAGGUGUGUUGUGGCAGGAGUAGAGCUGUACUCAGCCUUCCUGCCUUACAGCCUCCAUUCACCUCCAUUUAGUCCCUUCUCAGCAGGGGCAGUGGUGUUUGGGGACCCUCAUUUAACCAUAUUAUGUUCAUCUAUAUGUGGACGCAUAUAUAUUCAUUUAUCUUUUUCUUUAGUGUUAGCAUUUACAUGUUUAUCACUUCUAAGCUGAACUGACACCUUUAUGUAGUAGCUGGGUUUGACCAUUAUCACAGUGCCUUGACUCCUUGAGUUUUUAAUCUGAGGCUGAAAAUACUUUUCUGGCCUGGUCAGUUGACUUUGUUUACCUCUUGUUCAGGUGUUUUAUCUUACCUGUCUGCAAAGAUGCCUUUAACUCCAUAUGAUUAGGUAAUCCUACCUGUGAGAGGGCAGCUUGGAGGCAUUUGUCAAUUGAAAGCAACAGUCUUGGACUGCGUCUAAAAUCCCAGUAUAUAUAUAUAUAUUUUUUUUUUUUUCUUAAAUUCAGAAUUCAGGAUAACAAGAUUACAGGGCGCAGCAGCCCCCACCCAUUCCCUGUCUGUGUCCACUUACACCACAGUCAGGUUCGUUAGUGCACUUUUCCUCAAUGAUAGGUCCAAGUUGGCGCCAUCACGCUGAAGUCUUAAACGUCGUCACAUUCCUGCGUGCCUCGAAGCACCGGUUUCCACAGCCACGACCACUGUAGUUUUGGACCAGAUACAGAUGCGCUCUGUCUCUAUUUUUGUAAAAGAUUAUUAUGCAUGGUUUAACGAAGCUUCAUGUAGCUGCAGACGGUUAUUACUGUUAAGGACCAAAGUAUCUUCUACCCCCCCACCGACCCCACCUGCUGUUUUGUAGUGUUGUGAUUCCUUGAAAGUUUUUUUUUUUUCCCACAUUCCUGCUAUUUUACAAGUACACAAGGCUUCAGUCCCCCUCCUCCCCCAUUUCCCUGAUGCCUUAGACAACAGUCACAUGAUGUGGAAAUGUCUUUUUGGGUUCCAACCUAUACUGUAUAUUGUAUCUCUUUUUGUUCGAAUGACUUUACAAAGAGCCUACCUUGGUAGAGAUUGCUUUAGAAUGGAUACCUAAUUGAACCACAGUCUUAGCUGUGUUGUUGACAGUGUAGAAGAUUAUAUGCCUUUUGGUUUUUGUUAAAAGCUUUUAUUUUUCUUUUCUUUUUUUUUUUUUUUUUUUUUAUAUAUAUGGGGGUGGGGUGGGGUUAUUGUAUGAAGCGGGGUUGAUGGUUGUAUAUAUUCAUGUUUUUGUACCACAAAAUCAUUUGGAUUAUAUCCACUUUACGUUCAAAACAUGUAUAUUUUGAUAAAACAACACAGACCUAUUGAGCUCUCUUGAGCUGUAAAAACUCAAAAAAAAAACAAAAAAACUUUUGUAACACAAAGACAUUAAACCUAUCUGAACACAGAAGUGUCUCUGUAUGUGCCCCGCUCCCACCCCCUUGCCAUUCUGUUCUUGUCUCUUGCAUCUUCUGCUGCCUUCAAUAAAUCUUUAGUUUGUUUCUUCUUUCA